AAAGUGAAAAGUGCUGUUAACAGCGAGUAGCGUGUUUGUGUGUGUGUGUGCGUGCGAGUGCGGUGUGCGUAUGUGUGUGCGUGUCUUACGUUGCAAACAAAAUUUCUUUACAAUUUUUUUUGCAUUUGAUCGGCGGCAGAAGCGGCGUUCUAUAACUUUGUCCCCGGUCCGUAUAGCGCAGCAUUGCCCGCAAAUGUUGCUCCCCCGAUAUGAUAAUGAAAGAUGCACGAAUAUGACGUAAAUGAGCGCAAAGAGGAACCAGCCAGUCUUCCACCCACUCAAAAGGAUAAGCAGGAGGAUCAGCCCAAGCAGCAGGAAGAUCACCAGGAUUCACCUGAAAACAAUAGCCAGCUCCAGCUCCCACAGUUUCCAGCAAAUCAGCAGCAGGAGGAGCAGAAUAAGCAGGAUACAGACUGCAAAAGCAGCCAGCCAAAUCAGCAGCAGGCUGAGCAGGAGGAGGAGGAUAUCUUCGAGGUUUCCAUUCUCUAUCCUUUGGUAGUCUGCGAUCAGGUGGCCACUAGUCAGGUGAUUGUAGUAGCCGACACGCCCACUACUUCGCCUGUUAAGAAGCGACAGCGUCGCGUUUAUGUCGCCGACUCCACGCGCUGCUCCAGUCUACGUUCCCGCCAGGAGUCCACCUCCAAGGACUCGCUCGAAGUUGGCCUAAAGCAGCCGGAAGUCGCCCCACCACCAGCGCCUGUCCAGGCGCCUUCGCCCACGCCCACAGAGACCACUGAAUACAUAGCACCAGAACUUUUUAAACCAGAGUUUUGGAACCUCAUCGAAGAGGCGCAGGAGCCAAAGGCCGCUGGCAAGAAGAGACGCGCUGCAGGGGGACUUAAAAGGACGCGGGGCAACAAGCUUCUGAGGGAGAUCGAGAUCCAUUCGCCAGAAACGGCGGCCGCAAUCGCGGCAGCGCAGGCGGAACUCAACGCAACAGGAAAGUCGGGAGCAGCAGGAGCGCGGGCCAGCCGCAAGAGGACCAACACGAUGUCUCUGUACGAUCGGCGAUUCCAAACGACCACCGACGAGCGUCGCGUGGCCAACGGAUACGGAGGCAAUGGAGCGCGAUCCGGAAACGGUUCCUCAGCCAACGAAAUCGAGACCCAGGAGCUGCAGAGCCAUCAGUAUUACGGCCCCAGCGGUGGCAGCAAUGCAUCGGGAACGGGCACUGGAUUAAACGGCAGUGCGGCGGCCCUGAACCACGCCCCUUCCAUGGGCACGCUCUGCAACAUUGGCAACAGUUGCUACUUAAACUCGGUCGUCUACACACUGCGCUUUGCCCCGCACUUUCUGCACAGCCUGCACCAUCUGAUACAGGACCUGAAUGUGGUGCAACAGACGAUUGUGCGACAGCAGACGGCUCGAUCAGCCUCACUCGGCCGGAACGUGAGUGCCGCCCAGUUGGAGCACGCGCGUAGCUGGAGCAGCAAGGAUCUGGCCACCAGUUCGGAUCAGUACAGCGGACUGAACGGCGGAGUAACUAGCGCAAGCAGUGGCAGCAGCUCAGGCAAGUCGACUCAUCAGUCGGUCACCGAGAAACUCCACGAGCUGUACAACAACCUGCACGGCAACGAAAUGGCGGACUCCACGGAGCCCUACCACGCGGACACGCUGCUGCAUGCUAUCCAGGAUGUAAAUGCCACCUUCGAAGGCAACCAGCAGCAGGACGCACACGAGUUCCUCAUGUGCGUGCUAAACUGCAUCCGCGAAACCAACCAGUCGUUGAUCAAGGCCAUCGGCGAGUGUCCCGAGGUCAUAGCAAAUGGCUACAUAGCCAACCCGGAUGAGGUCGAUACCGGGGAGUCCCAGGAUCGCACUGAUUCCGCCGCGUCACAGAAUCCGAGCUCUGGCAAUGGAUCGCUGCCAACUAGUCAAAUAACCACGACCAAAACGUCGUUCUUUUCUCGCAAAUCAAAAAGAAAAGACGAGGUCAAGUCAUCCAAGUCGACGCGCGUUCAGUCGCCGCUCAAGGACAACAGUCCGACGGCAACGAGCGGAGCGGGCACGGCCCACGCCACCGCCAACAGCCUGUUCUACCUGAACACAGUUGAUCUCAGUGGCGCCAGCAGUACCAGCGGCAGUAACGUUGUCCCAACAAGUGUUGCAUUACCGACAGCAUUACCAGCGCCACAGGCCACAAAAUACUCCAGUGAUGACGAGAUGAAUUCGGCCACUGUGCUGAAGGACAAAAUGCGACUGGAGGACCGAAUACGUGAGCUGAAUCUGAACUUUUUCAGCUCUGACUUCGAGGGCAUUGUGGUGCUGACCACCAAGUGCUUGAGCUGCGAGACGAUUACGCGGCAAAAGCAGGGCAUGCUGGAUAUUUCUGUGCCGGUGCCGAUCUCGGGGUACGACAAUGCCGAUCUGCAGGACAAGCCCAGCACCUACAUACAGAAUUCGUGCAUCACGAAGGAGUAUUUCCGCGGAGAGAACAAGUACAGCUGCAACCAGUGCACCGGUUACACCGAGGCCAUAAGGUCCAUCUCAUACGAGGUGCUGCCUCGGUUGCUUGUCAUCCAGCUCAACCGUUUCUCAGGCGGCAUGGAGAAGGUUAGUACCUAUGUGCCCACCACCUUCACUCUGCCCUGCUUUUGCGCCACCUGCUGUGAACUGGGCGAAGGCAACAAGCUGCACGUUUACAAGCUAUACAGCGUCAUUACCCACGUGGGAGCCACGUUGACGGUGGGCCACUACAUCGCGUACACCUGCUUCCUGGAUCUGGCCAGUGACUACGUGAACUGUCCGAAGGAUCGAAGGAACACGAUGACGGGCUCGCAAACGACGUCUUCGCAGGCGGUGGCCUCCAACGAGAAUGCGGCUCCAAACAACGGAAGCAGCUCCGUGGCCAGCACUCCAGUCAUUGCUGCUGCCUCGGCGUUGGCCUCCUCGGGCAACAUUCUGAUGAAGAAGAUGAAGUUCGGACGCAGCAAAGCCUCCAGCAGUGGCGAUAUGAGCAAGAACGUGAAGCAGGUGAAUGGGACCAGCAGCAAGAACAUCACCAAUGGAAUUGGGAAACUGAGCAUGAACACAACAUGCCAGGGCGUCAACUGCUGUGCCAUGAGGCUCUGUUGCAGCCAGCAGACGAGCAGUAGCAACUCGGCCAGUUGCAGCGACUUUAGCGAGGAGUCGCUGCAAAACGGAAGCAACAGCAAUCUCAACUUCGGCGGAUCGGGUACCGCAGCCUAUCCCACGGGCUACGGGAGCACAGGACGCGGUGGUGUCAGAGCCAACUACGCCCACGGAGGCACAGAUCCCAUUUGGUACAUGUGCGACGAUGAUAAGAUAAAGGCCAUGACCCAAAGGGAGUUCGAAGAACUCUUAUCGCCAACUCGGAAGAUCACAAUAACUCCGUAUUUGCUAUUCUAUGCCCGAUUUGAUCUGCAGCCUCAGAGGGCUACACCGCCGAAGGCGGGAACAUCCUCAACGCCUCCGCCACCAGCGUCGGCUCAGAGCACCUGGUCGAAUGACAACGUGCCCAGCAGCUCGCACAAGAUUUGAGGUUGCCCCCAGUCGCAAAAAUGAUUGGCAAAACGUACAUCAUCGGCAUACUGAUCGGAUUGGAGAUGUCUCUAGCCUAGAAUAAUAAGCAAAAGAAGAAGUCUGUUUGUUAAACAAUGUAAUCAUACUAAGCUCUAUCGUUUAUCUACAUGCAUAACUAUUCAUUAACUAACCAGUGGUUUGACUGAGGCCUCAAUUCCAAACGCCCAAAGGCACCAUCUUCCCAUAUCCGAAGACCUUAUAAUUUUUGUUUUUAUUAGUAACAAUCAGUUCAGUCUGUUCAUUCUAUUAAUGUAAUCGUAUCGUUAUUAAAUAAACAUACCGAUCGCGUCACUUUGAAAAAACGAA